AUGCCUAAUGCCAUCUAUUUAUUUCAACUGGAUCCAGACUUGCAGGAGGCUUUCAGUGAUGUUCAGAGCUCCGUCUACAGAACAGCCCUAAAACUACGCUCAGUACAAAGUCUGUGCCAGUUGGAUUUGAUUGAUGUUUCUCUGAUUCAGCACAUCCUGUCAAAUGAACACAGCCAGAGAGAAAAGCAGAUUUCUCUGAAAGUGCAGCAAAUCUCUGGAAUGCUGACAAAAAUGUUUGAAAGGGCAAGAUUAGAAAAACCAGGCCAGGUAGAUCCAAGAGCUGCUGAAUUCACACUGAGCCUGCUAGCUGCCAUGUAUGACAGAUCUGGAACAGGUUAUAUCAAAACUAAAUCUGCUGCAGCUGCCCUAAUUGCCCUUUCAGGAGACAUUCUACUGGCUAAGUACAGAGCUUUCUUCCAGCUUUAUGCUGUCCCUGAUGGGAAGGAGGCCUUCAUUACCCGUAGUGCCCUGAGAAGCCUACUAACAGACUUGAAUCAGAUCCCAGCCAUUGUGGGAGAAAGCUGCACUCUAUCUUGUGUGGAAAUUGCAACUCACAGCUGUUUCCAUGGGGUUCUGAAUUCAGCAAUUGUUGAAGAAAAAUUCCUGUCUUGGCUGAGAUCGGAGCCUGCUGUUCUCCUGUGGCUCCCUACAUGUUACCGAUUAUCAGCCACGGAAAUGGUUUCUCACCAAGCUAGAUGUAGAGUCUGCAAAAUUUUCCCAAUUACAGGCCUCAGGUAUCGCUGUCUGAAGUGCCUCAAUUUUGACCUUUGUCAAGUCUGCUUUUUCACUGGCUGUCUCAUCAAACCACAUAAGAGGUCACAUCCUGUUGUGGAACACUGUGUGCAGAUGUCAGCAAAGGCGAAUGCAAAGCACUUUUUCCGCACCAUCAGGAAUAACCUGUUUCAAGAGCGCUGCAGAAGAAAGGAGACUCAGAGAAGGGCUCUGAAGAUAAUGGGGGAGAGGCACUUCCCCACUCAUGAAAUGACUUUAAAACCUGCUGUUGAGAUUCUUACUUCACCACUACCUGGCCAUGGAAACCAGUUUUUCCCAGUGGAUAGACCUGUUCUGGAGUCACCCAAGUUCUUACCUGAAAACAGAACUAUAGUGCAGAAGAGUGAGAAUAACAGCAAGACAGCAGAACAAAGCCAGAUAAAAGCUCAGGCAAUAGCUUCUUUUGAAGCAGAUGUGUUAAAAAUGCACAAAUCCAUUGAAAGCAUACAGCAUGAGAGCAGAUACUUGAAGAAGCAAUUCAACAAAUGGAAGAACAAAAUGCAAAUUCUUCACAACUGCCAGAGAGACAAAAGCUGGAAAAUAGAAGCAAAGCUCCAAAGCCUGACAGCAAGCCAUGAAAACCUGCAAAUGAAGCUGCAGCAAAUGAAGAAAGAAAUAAAGGCAGUGUUACAGUCAUCAGAGCAUCCUUUUGCACAGUGUCCUGCCCAAACAAGGCCUACUUCCAGAACAUGUGCAGACUGGAAAUCUUUGAAUCCCCCCAACUCUGCAAACAGAGUGCAGCUUUUACAAACAGCUGAGGUUCCCACUGCCAUGGACUUUAUGUUCUCAGAAGACUCACUGGAGUCAGUGUCUCUGCAGAGCAACAGACCUUUCAUGGGACAGUAUAAAAAAGAGACUCAGACUUGUCUCCCUGAAUUGACAGAAAACUCUCUUGAUGGCAUCAUGAGGAAUACAGAUCUUACUCUAACUGCAGCACAGAUGCCACCUGGUGAGAAGGAAGUCAGUGAGGAGGUGGAACUGCAGCAGCUAGUGAUCAAACUGAAGGAUGCGUUGUCUCUCCAAGCCCAACCAGCUCAACAGUCUGCUCUGCAACAGGAGCUCUUCUCUACAGCAGAACGUGUUUGCAGGUACUUUUCUGACCUCAUUGACCAAGUAACUUCACCAUCUUGUAAAUGA